AAAAGGGUGUGGAAAUUGUUAAAAAGAGAUAGCGAUAGUGUGACUUGUGUUGUGUUUUAUUUGAAUGCAAACAAGGUUACUAGGUUAAGGAAGGGUGCUUUUUGUGAGGAGUUAUAGAAUAAGAAAUAUCUGAUAAUUUUCUUGCGUCUGUUGGUAAAUAACAGAUUUUGCGAAGAUGUGUGCGAAAAUGGCAUUUCAACAUCAAGCAGGAACAGCUAUGGAAUGUCUAUGUAUUCCAAUUACACUCCAUAAAGAGGCUGGUGUGGAUCCAGAAGGCAGAGAAGUACUCAAGUGUGGAUUUAAAAUAGGUGGAGGAAUCGAUCAAGACUAUAGGAAAAGUCCACAAGGAUAUACAGAUAAUGGCAUAUACGUUACAGAGGUUCAUGAGGGUAGUCCUGCAGCAAAAUCUGGUCUACGGAUGCAUGAUAAAAUACUACAGUGCAAUGGUUACGAUUUCACGAUGGUGACUCAUAAAAAGGCUGUAGACUACAUAAAAAAACAUCCUGUGUUAAAUCUGUUAGUGGCGAGGAAAGGAGUCACAUCUACAUGAUGAGUCAUCUUCCUUAUCGGAAAUUAUAGUUUUCAUUGUGUACCUGCUUUAUAAGUGUAUGAUGUUUGAUAUACUGUACCUUUUUAAUUUAUUACAUGAAACUUUGAUAAAUUGCUAUUUAUGUUAAUACAUAUUACGAUUUUAGCUCAGUGCCAAGAGUAUUGGGCAUCCACAUUCCAUAAUGUCAUCAUAAUGUAUGUGUAUGAUGAUGGUAUGAUCGACCCAUUAAAUAGAUGUAUAUAAGUGUUACUUGGGCAGGUCUGCUUCAAAUCAAAUUGUAUAUAAAUGUUUGAAAACUUUCUGUAGUUAUUUGGUUGUGUUAUUGAUAGCAGUAUUCUUCGAAAAUUGUGAUAUUGUUUUAUGUUAUGAUUUUCUGCCCAAAAAUUAUUGAUUAGUGAAAUGACCUAAUGACAUGGUAGGCACUAAUUCAAAAGAUUUUUUUGACUGAUAAAUGUGCCAAAACAAUUUUUUGUUGUGUGUCAUGGAAAGUGAAUUAUUGAUGAGUGUACGUUCUUCAAUACCCAGAGAUUAUAAAUAAUAACUGAGGCCCUUUUAAUGGGAAUUAGUAUUUUGUGAGCUCUCAUGGGGUGCCAUCAUUAUGUGCAAAGUGAUUUGGGACAUCUGUAAGGAAGAGGGAGGGGGGGGGGGGGGUUGACUUUUAUUCUAAACUAGUUAGGAAGUACGACUGUGAAUGUAGGACACUCAUUUAUAAUUUAAUGUUAACAAAGUAUCCCCAAAGAAAAAGAAAAUGACUAAAGCAGACAAUCCCUACCUACAUCUGACAAUCCAUUGGAUUAAGGUACAGUUGUCACAGCAAUGUUUUAGUAUAAAACCAUAAAUAAGCAUCAAAAAAUAGCAUAAUAAAGAUGGCCGACAUAAUGUUUUCUUAGUUUGUUCAUACCCAGGCAGCAUUUUUCAUUUAAGGAAUGGGCUGGAAUCAACUUUGCAGGUAGGAAAACAUUAAGCUUUUGGUAAUAGAUACCAAGGAUUCAUGUCAAUACCACUUAACACCAUAAAAAAUUUGUGCAUGAUAUUUAGUAAUGCUCCAAUACACAAGUACUUAUUAAUAUGUUAAUUACUUGCUAGGUAUUGUUUACUAAACAUAAAUUGAAAAAGCAAUAUUAGAACCACUGCUUGUUCUUUCAAAGGUUUGUGAAUUACAAAUUAAUUGUAUUAUUGAUAAGAACAGGGACCAAACAUGCAAGAUCUUGAACUGGAUUUUUCUAGCCAUUUCCAAAAUUUCUAUGUCCCUGUAAACCCUACUUUUGAACGUGGUACAAUUUCAUGUCCACAAUACUAUUAGGAAUACGUAUAACUUUGACAUGCUUUCAUACAGUAUCACCUCUUUUAUUUUUAAGGACACGACUGGAAAGUUACAAGUGGAUAAUUUUUAAAAGCAAAUUGUAGAAGAGGAAACUCCUCCCCUUCCCUCUCCACAAGCUUUUACCCUCAAAAAUGUCACAAAAAAGUUUAGGCAAGACAUAAAAACUGGCAGUUGCACUGACUUAAUCAUCUGUGAUUUGUGCCUCUUUGAAACAUGUUAGGUAUAAACAAUUUGUUCUCUGUAGUUCAUAGCGUUGUCUGUUAUGAAUGUUGUCAUUUAUGUGCCAUGAUAUAAAAUGAUGUCAUGUUUUUGUAUUAUUAGCUAUUGAUGAAUAUUCCUAAAUUUUCUAAUAAAACAAUUCCUAAUUUUCCCCCCACUAAAAUCUUGUAGAAAGCUUGAGUGAAAAUACAGUAAUAAACACAGAAAAUACAGUUGGUACAUUAUAUAAGACUUAACAGUAUAAUUAUAUAUUCAACCUGUAUAAUUUGCAGUUUAUUUUUCUGUUUGGAGGGGGGGGGGGAAUAAUGAUUUACUUAAUGUAUAUAUCAUAUCUUUCCAAAUCAAAUUCAGAAUUACAUUGAAAUCUCAGAACAGAUGUAGAAAAUCCUUGCAUGUUUUGUAAAAUAAAAUUUUGGCUGUGUAAAGCCUGCAGCACACACAACAAUAUUUAUUUUAAUAUUGCAUGCAUGGAGUCUUGCUUGCCAACUGAACAGGUUCUAGAUCACUCAAUGUGCAAGUAGUGCUGUGGGCUGGGCUGUAAUUUUUCUGUGAUUGAAGUGUUGCAAAUUUAUCUCCUGCUUUCUUCCUCACUGAAUUCUGUGAUUGGCCAAUUAGAGUGGACUUUUUCAAUGAUGUCACUUUGGGGAGCUUGGCAGUAGCCAUCAUAGCAAAACUUUAACACUGUUUGUAUUUUAGAGCAACUAGAAUAUAUUUGGUGUGUUUUACGAAGAAUUUAUUGAAACAAAUAUUAUUUUUACUAUUCUGAAACUAGGUAUUUUCUGAAAAAUAUUUCUGUAUGAAAAAUUACUACAUGCGAAAGCUUAAAAAAAUUUUUUAAAUAAUAAUUGUAAUUUUUCCAGUAACUGCUAAACAAAGAGUCAAUGUGGAAUGAAAUAUAAUCUUAAAAUAUAUUAAGUGAGAACCCUAAAAUAGACCAAUCAAGAUAAAACCUUCAUCAAUAUUAUUAUUACAUUUAUGUAACUAAAUUUGUCAUUGUGACACAAAGUUGUAAUCUUAUUUGUGUAAUUUAAACAUGUAAGUCAAAUUAUUUAACUUAAGGAAAGGGGGUUUGCUGUAUUGUACUUUUUGAAAGAGUGUUAACAAAUGUCUAAAAUACAAACAAUGCUGUUGCUGAAAGAUAUAAAUUAUUAUAACAUUAUGCCGAAAAGGAUCAAUCUAAAAGGAAAAAAAACUGGUGCUAUGAAUAAAAAAAUUCUUGUAUAAUAUAAAUUUAGAAAACAAGAUUACUUAUUUUAAAUCUUACUGUUCACAAUAUUAAUAGUUUCAGAAAAUAUUUAAGUAGAUGUUUUUGUUUGGUUUAACCAUGCAUUCUUGACUUCCUUGCUUCACGAGAUGAUAGAUCAAGCUAAUAAACCACUCUUGUGACCAAGGAAACUAAUUGUACUGGUAAACUUCAACAUUACAUAGCCUGCUAUGGAGCUCUCUGAGAAUAUAGUGAUGAAAAAUGCAGGAAAUAUUGUCCUGUGUGCAGUGAACUUUAAGUGUACUUGAUGUGUCAGUUGUAUCACCAAUUGGAUAAAAGUUGUACUGUUUGUUCUUCUGAUCAUGACACGCUCUGUACAUUGAAAUGUUAUGGUAAUGUAGGUACCAAUUUAUUUUAUUGUUGCAAUCAAAUGUGGUCCAGUUGUCAGUAAGUACCUACGUAGAGAUGCACAUUGUCAAUUUCAUAAUUGUAUAAAUUAUUCUAUAGUUGCCUGCAGAUAAAACUUCUAGCUUUACCUGUUGUUACCUUUUUUUGUGGCAAAUAAAUAUAUAGGUUCAAA